AUGGAUGGUUGGGAUGACGAAAUUAGUUCUCCGACAAGGAAAAAUGCUAUCUCUUAUAGAGAUAUUCUGAAACCCAAAAACAAGACAGAAGAACAGAAAAACAGGGUAAAGGACCAAGAGGAACCGUGGGACAGAAACCUCCUGUAUUAUGAAGAUGAGGAACUAACGAAAGGGGUCAAAAUAGUUGACACGGAGAAGGGACCACAGAUAGAAUUCUUAGAAGAAGAAAAAAGAAGAUUGGCAAAAAAAUGGGAGAAUACACUGAUCAUUAAAUUGCUAGGUGGCUCCACAGGAUUUAUGCAGUUACAAAGGAAAGUUCAACUUAUGUGGGGUAAGGCAGGAAAGGUGGAACUCAAUGUCAUCGGAAAUGGCUACAUGACCGCAACUUUCCAGGAUCUAGACGAUUACUACCUAGCAUUAGAAGGGGGGUCAUGGCUCAUACAGAAUCAUUAUCUGACAGUCCAAACAUGGAAAAGCAACUUCAAGGUGCGGAACGAGAAAAUACAAAAAGUCACCGUCUGGGUGAGGCUGCCAGGUUUACUAGGAGAUUAUUACGACCGAAAGUUCUUCUAUAAUUUGGGCAACAAAAUCGGGACAGCAAUCAAAGUUGACGAGAUGACUCUCACUCGGGCUCGAACAAUGUACGCUCGAAUGUGUGUAGAGGUGGACCUGAAUGCUCCUUUGCUGCCAUCAUACUCAGUAGAUGGAAAUGAGUUAAAAAUUGAAUAUGAAUGCCUCCAACAGAUUUGCUUCUUCUGCGGAAAAUUCGGCCACUCUUCUGAACACUGCCCUCUGAAAAAACAACCAGAACAAUCAGAAGCAAACCAAAAUGAGAGGCAGAAUGAACAGGAUGGAGAGAUUAAUCGAAGACAUGGGACUACUGGAGAAAAACCGGCAACCGUAUACGGUGGUUGGAUGGUGGUGCAAAACUCGAGAAGAGGGAGAAGAAACCUGACAACAGAUAGAAAAGCAGGACAGCAGCAGGGGGGCAAGACAGUUGAUAAUGACAGGAAACCUCUACAAGAAAUCACCAACACUGCUGCAGUGGAAAAAAGUGGUAGAAAGGAGGACAAAGUACAAGAGCAGAAAAAAGCAAAUGAGAAGAAGAAACAAGCACUAAAAGAGAAAAAGUCGUCCGAAAAAGCUUGUGCAACAUUGAAAAUAGAUGGUGACCAGAAAGAAGGAGGAACCUCCCAGAGGCUGAGAAGUGACAGCGAGAGGAGAAAGCAAGGGGCUGAAAAGACGAGGACACCAGCGAGAGAUGAAAAAGAGAAAGAAAGAGAAGCAAACUUGGGUCAAAUUCAAGACCAAACUAAUGGACCUAGGGAGAAAGGAGCGAGACCACCAGUUGAGACACAAAAAAUAAACAUAAUGGGCCAACUUGGGGAAGCCCAAACUGUACCUAAAACUCCGAAAGGAAUGCAAGUUGAAGAUAUUAUUAUGGAUAGUUCUUUAGAAAAUCCCCCAGUCAGUGUGGGCCCGAACAUGGCGUUGGAGGAUGACAAACCACCAGAACCAAUGGAGACUAAGGAAUUAAUGGGCCUAUCAGAAGUGGAGGAAACUUUCUACCACCAAGCAGAAGACCCCGAGAGCCAACAGGGAGUCUGGAACGCUAGAGGAGCAGCCGGAAGUGAUUUUGGUCAUGCUAUGAAAGAUAUGAAAAGGAGACUAAAGCCUUCUUUAGUAGUUUUAGUAGAAACUAGAUGCAGUGGAAUAAAUGCUCAGAAAGUUAUUAAAAGAAUGGGUUUCAAAUAUCAGGAGAUAGUAGAGGCAACUGGAAUGUCUGGAGGUAUAUGGAUAUUAUGGGAUGAUGAAAAUAUCACGCUAAGAGUCCUAGAAAAGCAUCACCAAUUCCUGCAUUGUGAGGUGAAUGGCCUAAAAGGAAGUGAGUGGCUCUUCACAGCAGUUUAUGCUAGUCCUCGAGCAGCUAAGAGAUAG